UUGGCCGACUAGGCCGAUUCGGCCUCUACGGUUAGGGCCGCCUAGGCCGCCUAGGCCGAUUAAUCGGUCCGCCUAGGCCGAUUUUUAGAACAAUGAUAUCAACUAUUUUCUAGUAAUAUCUCUCCAUUUCUACUUAAAUAGGCAAUGUCAUUUUAUUACGUAUUGUACCUAUGCAUUUAAAUACGUAAAUCUAAAAAAAAAACUAUUCCGUACAUUUUAAAUUGUUGAAGAUUGUGGUGCAAAUGUUAAAUAACUCUAUAUUUCUAUCAUUAAAUAAGUACUUCGUAUAUAAGACACAUAUUAUAUGCCGUAUUUUUAAAUUGUGAAACGUUUAAAACGCGUCCAUAUCUUUAUAUAUUUCACGAACGUAUGAAACAUAUAUUAAGCCGUAUUUUAUAUAGUUGUAUCGUAUUAUACACAAACGUCCGUAUUAUUGUAUUAUUCACGUACCGUAUAUUACUAACAAAGCUCAAAAGUAGCUGAAACGGGUUAUUUCCACAAAUAAAUAAGCAUAUGGGUCAGGCCGUUGCUCCACUUUUCUUAAUCCUAACCAAGAGGCGUAGGUUGUCGUUAAUACUCCUUUCUUCAAAUUUGUCUUUUCCUUUGUUAUUGUGCGUAUAAAUAAGCAUAUACUCCCUCCGUAACUUUAGAAUCUUCCCAUUUCAAAAGUAGGUAGAUUAAGAAUAGUGAAAGAUGAUAUGAAUUAUUGAGGGUAUGAUGGGAAAAUAGUGGAAUAAUGUGGUGGAAUGUAGGAUAAAUCCAAAAAAAGUAGUUGUAAUAGUGUAUUAUUUUAAGAAUUAUUGAGGGUAUGAUGGGAAGAUUUAAAAAUGGGAAGAUUUUUGUGUUACGGACAAAAAAGGAAAGUGGGAAGAUUUUUAAGUUACGGAGGGAGUACUAAACAUCCAAAGACCUGUGAAUCAAUGGCAGACAUGGUCUAUCAAUGGCAGAAUGAUAGACCAUACUACUCCGUCCUAUAAUGGUUGUCCACUUCCAAUUUGGCACGAUUAUUAAUAAAGUGGUUGAAAAGUAAAAGUUGUGGUUGAGAUUUGAGUAUAAUAAAGUGAAUUGAUAAGAACCCCAUAUUUCAUCCAAAAAAGAAAACAAAACACUCAUUUUGGGACAACCCAAAAAGGAAAGUAGGACAACAAAAAUGGGACGGAGGGAGUACCAAACAGGUAAUCUCAAUUUACCUUUCAGAAAUCUCAUUAAAAUUGUCCCUGGUAAAGAUUGUUUGAAUCUUUACCGUACCAGAUUCUCGGUUUGUUUCCAUUCAUUUGCAGCGCGGUGAGUAGAGAGGGAGAGCGAUCAAGCAUCAUGUCUGGCGUGCCACUCGCAGAUUGUGAGUGCGCGGUGGAAUUGGAGACAGAUGUAGUGGACGAUCCUCGAUCUAUGGUCAGGAUUUGUGUGGCCGGGGAUUCUGGCUAUGUUAAGACAUGGUGGCGCUCUGUCAAACGCGGCCACGAAGAACUUCUGUACAGGAUCGAGGAAUACGCUGACAUGAGGGAUGCAGGUCUGGCGAAUAUUGACCUGGAGAAGAUGCUUGGCGGAGGAUCAGAAGAGGAGGAAGAAGAACUCGCCCAUUUAAUUACUGAUAAAGUUCUUUCUCCGGCCCUAGAGCCAGCUGUGUGCAGAGAUCAACUCAAAUUCCUCGUAGUGGAUACCAUCAUUCCUCGAGCUCGUAAAUUGCUCAGUGCUGAACUGCUUCUCAUCAACCACACUAAUAAAUGCUCAAGAUUAUUCUUGAUUUCCAUAUCCGUGAUUGUAAACUUGGACACAAUUUUAUUGGGGGGCGAUUUGUGCAAGAUAUUGAAACAAGCUGAGCAGCUGCAGGAUAAAUACAACCCGUCGUCUCAAAUGCCUCUGCCCAUUAUAGUGCCCCAUGGCUAUAAGUACCUAGAUUAUGGCGAAGAAGCAGACAGAUGCUCAAUUUGUUUGGAGCACUUUGAGGUGCCCUCCAAGUUGUUGUUGAUUCGCCUCCAAUGCCUGGAAGAGAUUCUUUACAACCCGGAGCAUUACCAGGAGAGGCCAGGGGCUGCAUUGCUGUUGCCAUGUAAGCACAUAUUCCACCCAAGUUGCAUCUUGAACUGGAUAUUGAAAAAAAGAACACCCCCUGUUGCUUCCUGCCCACAAUGCAGGUUUCUCAUCCCUCCCUUCACUCGCAUGCUUUCAAUUCUGCACAUGUUUCCUCUUAAAGUGACACCGGGUAUGGAGAUGUAGUUGGAUGUUGAUUAGGGGCAACUUCAUGUAUGUGUGUAUGUAUGUACUAGCCGUGUACAUGCGACUUGUGCCCAAUGCACUAUUAUGAGUUUAGUACAUGUGUUUAAGCCUUCAAGGAUGGUUAAUAGAAGAGUGGGAAAUUAAUUAGAAUCUGAUUCCUGUGAGAACCAAGUUGCUAAUUUGUUAGAUUAUAUUCUGUUUUCAUCACUGAUAGUUUCCUAUUAUCAUUGAUAUGUGAAAAUAAAUGAAGUUGCUUCUACUUUAAACAAUUUAUUUCUUUUUGCUGCUUGUUGGUGUCUUCAUGGAUAUUUGAAUUGGUAUGUAUAGGAGAAUUCAAAAAGAAGUGGUAAAGUAUGUGCAAGCAGAAUAAAGAUCAUGUUAACAAGAAGGUUUAAUUUAAAGCAAAAAAAAUAGGAAGCCACUUUUCAACACUUGAUUACCACUUCAAAAAAACAAAGUAAACAAAGUAGCAUUUGGUUUUGAUGAAUGAUUUUUAUAUCUCAAUUCAUUACAAACCAUGGGUGUUGAAUGAGAUUUUUGUUUGAAUUUUGCAUGAACACCUAUACAUUUGUAUCGCUAAUUUUAUAUCAUAUUUCUAAAUAAUUUCAACAACUUUUGGAGAGAAUCAAUUUCUUAGGUGAAUGAGCUUUAAAGAAGAGUAUUUGGAAGAGAGAGCUCUGGCAAUUUGUGAAUGACAAUGAUCUCGUCUCCCUUGGCGGCCAAGCCGCUGCCGGAUGGUAACGUGUGGUCUGGCAAAUCAUAUGCAGAUGUGGUGGCGAAUCGGAAUUAAACGCCGCUGGCUCCUAAGGCCCCUACGAGAUUUAAGGGUAUGCUAGUUAUCGGUUUCCCAGAAAGUGGCACCCAGAUAUUAGCUAAUGCCAUAAACGAUCCCUAGUUGGAUAUUUCUUCUGUGGUAGGCUUGCUAUGAAAGUGAUCCGAAAAUCUUUUGAAAUAAUUGGAAUUAAGGGCACUUUCCUGUUAGGUUUAUUGGAAAAGAAGCAUAUUUUGAUUGGAUUUGAGAUGGAGGACUAUUUGCGUUGUUGGAACAGGCAGACAUGGCCGAUCAAUGGCAGAAUGAUGAGGGGUCCGGGUGACAAAAUGGUCACCAGACUUCCGGCCAAAUGUCGAGUCUCAUAUCAUCCCUGUUUGGUUGGCUUUUGAAGGGUUACCGAUUCAUCUACAUGACAAGCGUGUGUUGUUUGAUAUUGCCAAUCUAAUUGGUUCUCCGAUUAAGAUAGACUCGACUACUUCUAUGUUAUCACAACCAUCUAUUGCUCACAUCUGUGUAGAUUUGGAUUUAACAAAAGGAUAUGCCACAGAAGAUGUGGAUCAACGGUGACUCGUAUGGUUUUUCCGAACAGGGUUACUAUGAAAAUAUACCUUUCUAUUGCUCUCAUUGCCUACACGUAGGGCAUACAGAGAAAAACUGUCCUAAGCAGCAGCUUGAGGCACAUUCUGAGCUUAAAGAAAAAUGGACAGUUAAACCUAAUGAUCCAGGUAAUCAGAUGCAGAAAAAUACUUUUAAGCAAAAGGGAAAGGAGAAAAUGCAUUUGGCAAUCGAGAAUAUCCUCUCUACAUCCAAGGCAAUAGAGGAUAUUCCCUCUACGUCCAAGACCCCGGCUGCUAUGGUAAUUGCUGAUAAGAAUACUGAGGAGAUUUGCAUGCCUGAACCAUCAAUAAUAAAGGACACAAAUAAGCAAGCAGCAGAUCACUUUUUUGCUACAAAUUGAGAUUCCAGGCCUGCCACAGUCCAAGGCAGAGGAUAUUUCAUCAAACAGGGAUGAUAGUCAUCUCUAGGUCCUCAAUUUCUUAAGCAUGUGUGUCCUUUGUUAACUUCUUGGAGACACGGAUUCCUAUGAUAUUUUAAGGGAUAGAGAAAAUACAAUAAGAAAUAGCAGUAGAGAAAGGAAGUGGAUUUAAGGCUCACAUACUUUAUCUAUCUAACCAAGCAUGUUUUUUGUUUCAGCUUAAAUACCACACUGUAAAAGUGGUUAAUAUAUUAGCUAUUUCAAUCAAAAUCGUAGCUAUAAAGCUGAUUUGUCUUUGAACCAUUUAACAAUUUUUGCUGUUGGUAAGUGUCUUCAAGAACAUAUUAGAACUUUUAUGUAAAGGGUACUUCAGAAAGGGUGGCAGAAUAUAGCCCAAUAACACAUACAAAAAUUCAUGUGAUAUUUCAAUGUUAGUAAUAAGUGCUUACCCAAUUUUCAUGUGGUUCAUUUAUGUUCUUUUCCCUUUUUGAAGAUGCCCUAACGAAAUUAUAUACUACUUGUGUCCCAUUUUAUGUGUCUUAGUUUGACUUGUCAUGAUUAUUAAUGAAGUGUUUGAAAAAGUAAAAGUUGUGGUUGAGAUUUGAGUAUAAUAAAGUGAAAUGAUGUAGAUUACAUACUAUGUACUCCCUCCGUCCCGUUGGAAUGUUCCCGGUUUGAC